AUGGGCCAUACUUCAGACUCAGAACCCGCGAAGCGGAAGCGUGACGUCGAUGAUGCUGGUGGUCAAGGACGUGCCCAGCAUGCACCUACAUCUCUUCAACAAGGCGUUCCUGGCUACAUCCAUUAUCUUUCAAGAUCCAAUGCUUCCCACCUAAGCCUCGUUCAGGGCGAUGCCGAUACCUUUGCCGACAUCAUUGGUCUUAUUGGUGAAUAUGAGAACGUUCUAGAUAGACACGAAAGUCUGGCUGCAAGUCUGGGUGCGAGACUCACUGGCCCACGACUUCUAAGAGGGAUUGAGAAGUUUUUCGACGGUCCAAUAAAAACGACACCACUACAACCAUUCUCCAAUCCUAUAAGUUGGCUUGAUGUUGUCAGUUUUGCUCGAUCAAAUCCCAAGGACUUUACCCUUGUUCAGAAGCCAGACGGGUCCAGAUGCUGUCAGUUUAUCCUCAAAGGUUCUCAGGUUGAGAUCCUGGAAGAUGACUGGCGCCUAGUGUGGUCUGGCGCCCUGGAUCGCUUUCCUCUCGAUCAUCCUCUCGAGGAGGAUGAGACUGCAGAGCUGGCGACACUAGAUAUUCUUGAGCAGAGAACGUCAAUCCUUUAUAAGAAAGCUGAUGAAGUAGCGGCAAGAGCUCGAAUACUCAACCAUCGUCUCGGACAACGUAAGCAAGAUAUUCGCCGGCGUCGCAGCACGCAAGACCCAUCGCCAUCGCGAUAUCAGCCUACAAACAGCACAGCUAGUAGCACUCCCCAACGAACAGUCGCCAACUUUGGUGCUGGAUACGACUUACAUGCGGAUUUGUUGCAGCAAUUUCUCACAGCUUCGGCCUCACCACCCCCAUCACGGUCUACAUCGGUCACUGGAAUCCCGUUAACUACAAUAAGUCACCCAUCACCAUCACACAGCAUAACUCAUUCUCAAACACAUGGGCCACGAUAUAGCCAUACCGCAGACACGACAGUCCAACCAGCAGUUGACAGUCGUGAAGCAACAUUCCGGUCGCUCAUCACACAACGAACCGACCAGUUGGGUAAAGGAGAUAUUAUAACACCGCCUUGCGACCGAUGUCGAAGAUUGCGGGUAGAAUGCGUUAAGCAUCUGACGGCAUGUUCAGGUUGCACUAAGAAGCACGCUAAAUGCAGCUGGAAAACAGUCACAGACGAAGAAUUUCGACAGCUCAAGCGAGAAAUGGGACUUAAGGACGAAAUGGAUGUCGAUGGACAAUCCGACACUGGACCGAGUACCGACACAUUGGAUCCUAAAGAAGGCCACUUGAAUCGAAUCGGAGAUCGACAAGACGCCGCUAAGACAUCUGGAGACAGGACACCAGGGACGUACGGGACAGACGAAGGGUCAAGGCCGCCUAGUAGGGAUAACGGACACCUACCCAGCACAAUGGAGCCCUCAACGGCAUCAAUGCACCGUUUCGAUCUGAGUGCUGACCGGCAUCGACUGCCGUUCGGUAUGGUCCAGACGGCAAGAUCAGAUCACAGCAAUCAUUCGGUUGAAGCCCUGCACCCAGGAACAAACGCUGCAGGUCUGACAAGUUCGCUGGCAAUAGCUUCGAAUAGGUCCAGAAACCUCCGUCUUGCUUUAGGGUCGACCAUCCUUCUUACAAUGUUGCAUCACCAGAAUCCAUCGCCCGUUAUGACUAGCCGCGACGAGAAACCUUUCCACCAUACACAUGUACCGAUCGACCACUCUGCACUCAUCCAGUCACGAGAGACUGGUGAUGUCCUUCCUGAUGAUACGCCUAUACAGGGAAAUGUCAAAGCGUUGCCCUUUGCCAAGUCUUGGGUGCAUAUGUUUGCCGGUGGCGUUGGAGGAAUGACCGCCGCUGCAGUUACAGCUCCCCUCGAUGUGCUUAAAACCCGAUUGCAAUCCGACUUCUACCAAGCUCAGAUUCGAGCACAGCGCGAAGCUCAGGUUCAGACCCUUGGACGACUUAAUCCUGCUCGAAGCGCGCUAUACCAUCUCAACGACACACUCCAGAUCCUCGGCUCUGUGUACAGGAACGAAGGUUGGCGCGCACUCUUCAAGGGACUUGGUCCCACCACGGUUGGAGUUGUCCCUGCUCGUUCUAUCAAUUUUUAUGUAUACGGCAACGGAAAGCGUCUGAUUUCGGAACAUCUCAACAAUGGCGUAGAAGCUCCUUGGGUUCAUCUAUCGGCUGGUGUGGCCGCCGGCGUUAUCACCUCGACGGCGACAAAUCCCAUCUGGAUGAUCAAGACUCGUUUGCAGCUGGACAAGAAUGUAGCAGCUGGUGGUGCCCAGAUGCGCAAAUAUCGUAAUAGCUACGAUUGUAUAAGACAAAUUCUCCGGGACGAGGGUAUUCGAAGCCUCUAUCGCGGCAUGAGCGCCAGUUACCUUGGCGUGGUAGAGUCUACGAUGCAAUGGAUGCUUUACGAACAGAUGAAGGUCUCCCUAGCCCGCCGAGAGAACGAGAUUGUGCGCAGUGGUCGUGAAAGGACGUGGUGGGAUAAGACUGUUGACUGGACUGGAAAGGGUUUUGCUGCUGGAAGCGCCAAACUGGUUGCCGCUGUUAUCGCUUACCCCCAUGAGGUUGCGCGAACGCGAUUGCGACAGGCACCUAUGGAGAACGGUUUGCCCAAGUAUACCGGCUUAGUUCAAUGCUUCAAGCUCGUCUGGCUUGAGGAGGGUGUUAUGGGUCUCUAUGGCGGUUUAACUCCCCACCUUAUGCGAACAGUACCCAGCGCCGCCAUCAUGUUUGCCAUGUACGAAGGUAUUCUUCGGCUUUUCCACACGCCCGCGUAA